CGUUAGACGAGUUCGGAAAAAACUUUAUAAAGUUAAUUUAACAAAUAACUUGAAUACGGCGGAACACAAACACCGAAAAACAUCUGAGUCCAUCGAAUCGCCUGUGGUACUGUCCGUUUUCAAGUUCCCUAAAAGAGGGAGAGAACCGAAAAAUGUUAUGUCCUCUUUCUUUGCAACUCUCAGUAAACCCUCAAAACCCUGAUUCAUAAUUCCAUCUUUUCCAUAUAUUUUCAUAUUCUUCACAUGAUUUUGAGAUGACACAACCAGCUGUGAUACUUGCAACUGCUAGCUAUGAUCAUACUAUUAGGUUUUGGGAGGCCAAAAGCGGUCGCUGCUACCGUACAAUCCAAUACCCAGAUUCGCAAGUUAAUCGGCUUGAGAUAAACCCAGAUAAACGGUACUUGGCUGCUGCUGGUAAUCCUCAGAUUAGGUUGUUCGAUGUCAACUCAAACAGCCCUCAACCAGUGAGAAGCUAUGAUUCACAUACAAAUAAUGUCAUGGCAGUGGGUUUUCAAUGUGAUGGAAACUGGAUGUAUUCGGGAUCUGAGGAUGGCACUGUAAAGAUUUGGGAUUUGAGAGCUCCAGGUUGUCAAAGGGAGUAUGAAAGUCGUGCAGCUGUUAACACUGUUGUCCUACACCCAAAUCAGACUGAGUUGAUAUCUGGGGAUCAAAAUGGGAACAUUCGCGUGUGGGAUUUGACAGCAAAUUCAUGUAGUUGUGAAUUGGUACCAGAGGUGGACACUGCUGUAAGGUCUCUAACAGUUAUGUGGGAUGGUAGCUUGGUAGUUGCUGCUAAUAAUCGCGGAACAUGCUAUGUGUGGCGCUUGUUGCGAGGGACCCAGGUAACUAUGACCAACUUUGAGCCACUUCACAAGCUGCAAGCACAUGAUGAAUACAUUCUCAAAUGUCUCCUUUCACCUGAAUUUUGUGAACCCCACAGAUAUCUGGCAACAGCAUCAUCAGAUCACACUGUCAAGAUAUGGAACGUUGAUGGGUUUACAUUGGAGAAAACUCUAAUAGGGCAUCAACGGUGGGUAUGGGACUGUGUUUUUUCAGUAGAUGGGGCCUACCUAAUAACAGCUUCUUCUGAUACAACAGCAAGGCUUUGGUCCAUGCAAACUGGUGAAGAUAUCAGGGUUUACCAAGGCCAUCACAAAGCAACUGUUUGUUGUGCUCUCCACGAUGGAGCAGAACCAUCACCAUCUUGAAUCCUGGAUUUAUCCCCCAUCCAAUUGUAUUGUUUCAUCUGUGAAAUGAAUGUAUUUAUCUAAGUUUGUAAAAAGUGUUCUGAUUUUUCCUUUGAAAUGGGCCCUUUGGUUGACAUCAAGACCCUUUAAGCACAAGCACAGAGAAUCUUGUUGGGUUUUGGAACUGGCCAAGAGCUAGCGAGAAUGUCAGUAGCUGGAAUUUCCGUCAGUAGGGAAACUAUAGAUUCUUUCUAUAAUCAGGUGUGGAAGAAUUCUAUUUGUGGCAGAUGGAGAGGGAAUACUCCAUUCUUUUCUUGUUUGGAUAGCAUAAAUAAAGAACGAAGUGAUUGGAUUUGAGAAUAUUAUGUACCAAGACAUCAAAUACAUUUUAUUCCCUCUUUUAGUGCUAA